AUGGGAAAUGAUAGCGAGGUGACGGGAGAAUACCAUACUGAUUUGUCUGUAUUAUAUGCCACUAUUAUGAUCGUUAUAAACUUUACGACGCUGUUUGGAAAUUGCGUGCUGCUGUACAUCAUCAUACGGACUCGACAACUACAUACAAUUACUAACGUAUUUAUCGGAUCAUUAGCAGUCGGUGAUUUGAUUAUGGGGAUAUUGGUGAUGCCAUACUGUGCCUUCUAUUGGAUCGCACAGGAGUGGGUAUUUGGUGAUCAAUGGUGCCAAGCCACUGCGUUUUUUCACUCAAUGUCAUGUACGUCCACUGCACUGAAUUUGGCGAUGGUUAGCGUGGAUCGCUGUUUCGCAGUCACCAGACCAUUGCGGUACAACGUUAUAAUGACAAGCUAUAGUACUGCCACCAUGGUGAUAUACGUGUGGAUACAUGCCAUCUUAUUUGCAGCUUUACCUCUGUUUGGUUGGGGAUCUUAUCGAUUUUCUUACAAACUUGGAAUUUGUGCAAUCGACUAUAUGUCUGAUUCCACGUUUAUUUUAACGGAACGAGUAAUGUGUACUUUACUGCCAGCAUUAGUGAUAACUAUUAUGUUUAUAGAGAUAUUGAAAGAAGCGCACGCCAGACAGAGACGUGUAUUCGUGGCUCUACCAGUACCUUGGCCAAUCAAUGCUCAGGGACAACCAACACCAAAUUAUAAAAGAACAACAAUACGGGCAAUGCGAACUCUUUUUGUUAUGGUUGCCGUGCUUACUAUAUUGUGCCUGCCCUACCAUAUUAUAUAUUUUCUAUGUGUCUACACGCCAGGCUACCUACCGACCGACAUCGAAAGUAUUGCAUCUAUCUCCAUGUUAGCUAGUUCAGCGAUCAACCCAAUAUUAAUAACCAUUUUGAAUAAAACAUUCUAUUCACGGUUUAAAGAUAUAAUGUGUAGACGUUGCACGAAACUCUCAGCGGUUGUCGACGUGUCAACGAUAGAGGGCAGUGUGGCAGUAGCGCCCACUUGUCACACGCAAAGUACAUACAUACGAUCGGAGGCAACUGGGAGUGUUGCUGGGGGGCCGAGCUUCAUCUCUCCGGAACUCUCAUCUGCUGUCCUGGAAUCAGAAUCAAAGUACAUGAAUGAACAGAGUACGAGUAAAGGAAAUAAAACUAUUUCUGACGUAGAGGAAAAUAUUGACGAUAGACAACGAGGAACAGACAAGAAGCGGAAAAACAAACAUAAACAAAAUGACGCAAGUGGCAUGUCAUCGCAAAUGAAUCCUAACCUAUUGAUGCCUCCUGACAUGACACACACGUUUCGUGCUACUCGUAAAAAAGUUCGAGAACAUUAA